AUGGAUCUGUUCUAUGAUCAUAUAGGUAUGUCAUACAACUUUGAAAAAUAUGACAAUACGGCAGUCGAUACGCAAAACACACCCUAUGAUUAUGGUUCAGUCAUGCAUUAUGGUCCUACGGCAUUUUCUAAAAAUGGCUUGAAUACGAUCGAACCACUUCAAUCUGGUGUUGUGAUUGGACAACGUCAAACAUUAAGUGAAAUUGAUAUUCAAGAAGUUCGACUCUUCUAUGGUUGUAGUGCAGCAGGCUCUACAUUACCUCCCACAGUGAUGAAUAGUACAACUACAAGUACGAUUCCAAUUACAACCGCAACCGCAACAACAACAACAACAACUGCAACACAACAAAUAGUUCCAUUACGAGCACCUGCUAUUGACAUUCGUCCGAAUGCAAAAUGGGUUCAGAAUGGUCUCACUGUGGCUGGAGAAAAUGGAUCAGGCAAUGGAAUCAAUCAACUCUAUUACCCGUAUGGUUUGUAUGUCGAUGAUGAUCAAACUAUUUAUAUCGCUGAUCACGGGAAUCAUCGUAUUGUGGAACGGAAAAUUGGUGCGACAAGUGGUCAAGUAGUUGCUGGUGGAGCUGGAAGUGGAAAUGGGUCUCAUCAGUUAGACGGUCCACGAGAUGUGAUUGUCGACAAAGAGAGAGAUAGUCUAAUCAUCUGCGAUCCAAAUAAUAGAAGAGUAGUUCGAUGGCCUCGUCGCAAUGGUACAAGUGGCGAAACAAUCAUCUCGAACAUCGAUUGCAUCAGUUUGACAAUGGACGAGAAUGGAUCUCUUUAUGUUGUUGACUAUAUGAAAGAUGAAGUGAAACGAUAUCGAUUUGGUGAUACUGAAGGAACAGUGGUUGCAGGUGGCAAUGGAAGAGGAAAUCGUCUCGAUCAACUGUCUGGACCCUUCUAUGUAUUUGUUGAUCGAAAUCAUUCAGUGUACGUAUCUGAUCACUAUAACAAUCGCGUGGUGAAAUGGGAAGAAGAUGCAAAACAAGGCAUUAUUGUAGCCGGAGUUCAAGGGCAAGGAAAUAGUCUUACACAAUUGUCAGGCCCACAUGGAGUCGUCGUCGAUCAAUUGGGAACUGUCUAUGUGGCUGAUAGUUGGAAUCAUCGAAUAAUGCGUUGGCCAAAAGCAGCCACAGAAGGAAGUGUGAUUGUCGGUGGAUAUGGUCAAGGAAGAGAAUCGUAUCAAUUAAAUCGUCCCUGGGGUUUGUCAUUCGAUCGACACGGCAAUCUCUAUGUCGGCGAUUUCCACAAUCAUCGAGUACAAAAAUUUAAUAUUGAACAGGCGAUAAAUUAA